AUGGCAUCCAUUUUGAAUGGCCUGGCUGUUGGCCUAUUUCUAUCUGCCACAGUCGUCUCCGGGCAUGGAAACUCUAGGCUGGGAGCCAGUCCCAGCUACCAAGGGUUCGACAACAUUUGCCCUGAGCGAUGCAUUGUCACGGGACCCAACCCCUCCAACUGGUCCACCUACCAAGACUUCAACCAGCUCUCAAACUGUGACCGGAGUAUGUUUUACAACUUCAACUUGUACGACGAUGUCGACGAUAAGAACUCUCACCACCGGAUCUUCGCUUGCACAACAUACGGAAAUGACUGGACCGAGGACUCGCAGGCUCACAUGCGAAUUGCACGCCCUAUGACCGAGAACAAGGUCAACUAUGAGAUCGGCUGGUCGUCCUACUCGGAUGGCACCGAGUCCGAGUACCGCUCUCUGAUCAAACAAAUGCGCGAUUAUAUUGCCCGUGGACAUGUUUCUUUUAGCAAGACUGCCAUGCUGUAUGCUCAGGUUGGUGGCACUUCAGCCGGUAUCUAUAUCGGCAACAGCCUACAGAGCAAAGAUAUCAGCGAAGUGGCUCUGGAAUCCCUUAUCGACGAUUCCCACGAUUUCGAUGGACAUCGAGAAGAUUUGACUAUGCAACUCUGCGGGCCUCACUUUGACUCUCAGCACGUCUUUGGAUUCAUGGCUCUGAGCAAUGGCACUUUCAGAAACAUUCAAUCUGCUUUCGAAUCUUGGUCCAAUGCCGAGUGCCUUGAAUUUGAAAACAGCUCCAACUUCACGGCUACCACCCACUUUACAUCGCCUAUGCUGUCUUCCAUCAAGUCUGGAAAUACGACCACAAGCAGCAUCAAGGCCUCUGGGUCAUCUCUACCCACUGAGUCUCCGAUGCCACAGAUGGGGAACACCCUAUCUUCCAGGGGGCAUACUGUCCAGUCGGGUGAUAGCUGCGCUACGAUGGCCACAAAAUGUGGUAUCCACGCUGCCGAUAUCCUUCACUACAACCCUGCACAGGGCUUCUGCUCCAAGCUGACGCCUGGUCAGCAAGUCUGCUGUUCCUCUGGCUCACUUCAACGGAAGAGAGAGGUUCUUUCUUCCAGGGGCGAAUGCCAAUCUCAGACAAUCCAAGCAGGUGAUAAUUGUCCCGCGCUGGCCACUAAAUGCGGCAUCUCCAGUGCCGAGCUCCUUCAAUACAACCCUGCCAAGGGAUUCUGCACAAGCAUCACGCCCGGGCAAAAUUAUUGCUGCUCUUCGGGCACCCUUCAGAAGAAGAGUUUGCUUUCAACCAGAGGCGAAUGCAAAACAGAAAAGGUUCUGCAAGAUGACAGUUGCGCUGCCAUCGCUACUCGCUGUGGUAUUUCCGGUGCCGAUUUCACCAAAUACAACUCCGCGAAAGGCUUCUGCUCAAAACUGAAGCCCGGUCAGCACGUUUGCUGCUCUUCUGGAACACUCCCAGACUUCAGCCCAAAACCCAACGACGACGGAUCCUGCGCAACGACCACAGUCGGCGAUGGCGAAAGUUGUUCAACCAUUGCUGCGGCCAACAGUCUGACAGAGAAAGACAUUGAUGGUUUCAACCAGAAGACUUGGGGUUGGACAGGAUGCAAGAAUAUCUUCAAGGAUUCUGUCAUCUGUAUCAGCAAGGGGUCUCCUCCCAUGCCCGCUGAGGUCUCCGAUGCACAGUGUGGUCCCCAGGUUCCCGGUACAAAGGCACCGAAGGACAUGGACAAGCUUGCGGAUCUCAACCCAUGCCCACUGAAUGCCUGCUGCAACACCUUUGGUCACUGUGGAACGACAGCCGAGUUCUGUACAGAUACCAACACCGGCGCCCCUGGUACAGCCAAGGUCGGCACCAACGGCUGUAUCUCACACUGCGGUACCAAGAUCGUCAAAGGAAACGCUCCCUCCGAGUUCCGCAGCAUCGGGUACUAUGAAGGUUACCAAUUCAAGCGCGAUUGCUUGUAUCAGGAUGUGACGCAGGUCGAUCAUUCCAAGUACACUCACUUGCACUUUGGUUUCGCCGACAUCUCUACCGACUAUGAAAUCAGUAUCAACGACAAAUCAACCAACUAUCAGUUCCAUAACUUCAAGUAUAUCUCUGGCCCGAAGAAAAUUGUCGGCUUUGGCGGUUGGGACUUCUCUACUCAGGAGUCUACAUAUCAGAUUUUCCGCCAAGGAACCAACGCAGCGAACCGGAAGACGCUUGCCACCAAUAUUGCUAACUUCGUGAGGGAACACAACCUUGAUGGUGUUGAUAUUGACUGGGAGUACCCGAGUGCACCUGAUAUUCCUGGAGUCCCAUCCGGUGACAAGAGUGAAGGAAACAACUUCCUGGCUUUCCUUGUCAUUUUGAAAAACCUUCUGGGAGACAAGUCUGUUUCAAUUGCGGCCCCUGGCUCAUAUUGGUACCUCAAGGGAUUCCCCAUUGCCAAGAUCAGUAAAGUUGUCGACUACAUUGUCUUUAUGACUUACGACUUGCACGGUCAAUGGGAUGCAGGCAAUCCCAACGCACAGCCAGGCUGCGAUGAUGGAAGCUGUCUGCGAAGCCAUGUCAACAUGACCGAGACCAGAGAGUCCCUUUCCCUAAUCACCAAGGCUGGUGUUGACUCAGGCAAGGUAGUUGUCGGUGUCAGCAGCUAUGGAAGAUCCUUCCAAAUGGCCGAUGCAGACUGCGAUGGUCCACUGUGCAAAUUCACAGGAAGCAGACUGAGUUCCAAUGCCGAGAAGGCUGACUGUACCGAUACUGCAGGCUACAUCUCCAAUGCGGAAAUCAAUCAACUCCUCAAACACAACUCUUCCCGCGUCAACAAGCACUACGUUGACACACACAGCAACAGCAACAUCAUGAUCUACGACGACACAAACUGGGUAGCCUACAUGAGUCCCGAGAUCAGAGCUUCACGCACAAAGAUGUAUGAAUCCCUCGGAAUGGGCGGUACAGUCAAUUGGGCCACCGACCUGGAAGAAUUCAACGAUGCACCCGAUGACUUUGAUGACUGGCAUGGCAUGAUUCUCCAAAUGAAGUCCGGUGUCAUCACAUCCAGGGGUGCUGGCAGCCGCAGUGGCAACUGGACCAAGAUCGGCUGCGACAACGAAUACUCCAGGGAGACGCCUUAUUGGUCCUCUACGACCCGCUGGAAUCAACUCGAUGCAGCUCAUGCUUGGAGUGAUUUGAUCGCGGAUUGGAAGGCUUACAGAUCAAAGGACAGUUCUUCCAAUGGCCAAACCUUCUCGCAAUUCAUGGUCUACCUCCUUGGUGGACCGUCAAACGCGGAGUGCGGUAGCAUUGGCGAUCAAAGCAGCUGCAGACAGGCUCUUAGCUGCAGCGAACUCACGGCAACUGAGAAGUGGGGUGCUGCGGCGGAACUCAUCUGGAAUUCAUUCGUCAAGAUCAACACGAUGCAUGUUGAGUUGAAGGAUGCUCUUGUCACUGACGCCGCACUUGUCAUUGACAACAGUCUUCCUCACCUAGAGAAUACAUUUGCGCCCGUUCCUCCUGAGAAGAAUGACAAUUGGUUGAACACUCUGCUUGGUCUUGUCGCCCUCGGUGUUCCAACGGUUGGCGGGAAAUUCUUCGAUAGUGUCCUCGUCAAGAUACCAGCAUUGAAGGCCAAGACCUCGACCUCACAGGAUCAUUACAAAGCGGUGUUCAACGCCCUUUUGACCGGCCCUGUCACGAUCGGCACAAACAUGAAGCCCAGCGCUACUCCGGAUGACUGGACAAUCGAGAAGCAAGCCGAGUUCUCCAGUUACAUGGGUCAGAGCAUGAAGGGAUGGGAAGUUAUCUUCACACAGGAUCUCAAGGAUCUGUUCGACGGCUCUGACAAGUCCAUCGAAAGACUUACAAGCAUUAUUUCCGACGCAGGUGUGCUGGACGGCAUUGAAAACGACAAACCAUAUCCCGAUAAGAGCAAGCGAAAGGACAAGGACGACGAUGAUGUCAAGUCGACAAAAGAACAGAGAGAGAACGUGGAAGCUGGCAUCCUCACUUCCUUCUGGGCAUACUCCAUUCCCGCCGUCUGGCUGGCCUCGGGUCAUCAUCCUUUCAUCAUUGAUACCGGUCGGAGCUGCGAUGACAAUAAUGGGGACAAGUAUACCAAGGACUUGAAAUCUGCUUGUUACCAAAAGCGACUGUACCAACUGGGUGAUCCUGAUGGCAAGUCACACCCUUGCAAGAAGAAUUGCGGAUUCCCAGGAGGCUGUACCUGUCCUGAUACUGCAUUCUCUUCACCUCAUGGUGUGGGUGAGCUUGAUGGCAGCAAAACCUGGGGUAACCUUACAGUCGAUGAUAUUAUCAUUGGAUCCGUCAAAACAUACAAGCAAAAUGGCAACGAGAACGGCGGAGGCAAAGCAGACGCAACAGACUCUGGUACAUUCAACGCCCUCCGGAACUCAGACAUCACAACCCCUGGAUUCAUGCGCCUUCCCGUGUGCAGUGAGAGUCUGGCCCGCAAAUCCUGGGAAAACGCCGACAGUACAGACGCCACCAGAGACAAGGAGGGCUUCCCAUGCAACAACGACAAUGGCAAGUCUUAUUGCACCACCUCAAAGUCAACAUAUGUCAAGGAGACAUCUGGUGGAUCCCCACUGAUCGAGGAUUGUCUUGCACUUGUCAAAAAGAUUCAAGGAACAAAGAAAUACUGGGACAAGCCGAUCGAGAGACAGUUUGGAAUUGUCGGUUCUGGGACAUGUACUUUCGGCAUUACGGGCAAAGGCCGUAAAGGCAAUGCCAACGAGAAAGUCGGGGCGCAGGACGUUGUUAAUAUCAUUCGGUAUGCUGCGAAGCACUGGGGUGCGGGAGAAACCAGAAUGGGGGGUAAGGGAACCAUGCAGUGCGAUGGUAACAUCAAGAGGCAAAAGGUAAACUGGGCUAUAUACAAGAAGUAG